AUGUCCGGGAAACAGUCGUCGCAGGGUAACACUUGGCACGGUCAUACAGUCUAUCACGAUCCACGAGAAUGUGGCAUUCCCAAAGCCUUUUCUGCUGCCGAAUUCAAGUUCUUCGAGUCAGUUCCCUACUGUGGCCCUCUGUCCACCGGUAAUAGUUUUGCUUCAUCGUUUUCCAUACCCCUAGGCGUCCUUGGCAUCCUCGACUGCGGAAAAUUCAUCCAUGCAGUAAGCUUGUCUAUUAAAUUUAUUGUCAACUGGCUAUCUGCACGCUCGAAUAGGCCGAGUGCCCUGUCUUUUGAAGACGGUUCGAACCUGAAAACCUUAUCCGAUCUCUCACCUUUCCAGCGGUUGUCGCAACUCCGGGAAAAAUCCCUUCGAUUGCUUACUGCUUCAGCUUUAGCAUCGAAGUUGGGAUGGAAGGCCGUCGGACAACUUGAAUGCAAAAUCAAGUGCUCGGCCUAUUUCAAGUGGUCUGAUAUCUUGUCAUACCUAUAUCGUUCAAUGGCCAUAAUCCCUCAUUUGCUCGCGAUCAGGAUCAAAACAUGGUACUAUAUCCUCCGGCCGUGCGCGAAAUUCGCCAUUCCUGGAUCUAUACGGAGUGACGGCACGAUGUCUGUUAUGGCGAUGCACCCGGCGCUUGCGCUAUAA